AUGCCUCUGCAGAACUGGCGAACCGACGCACAGAAAAACCGCCGAAUACGGUCUGUUGCUCUCCGAAAAUCCCGCACAGACUCCCUCGUUCUGUCUGGUGCAGGAAUGGCAACAGAAUCCGAUUCUGACGACUCCUCCGUAGAUACAGACAUUGACAGCUCAGGCCGGCCUGCAAUCCCCAGACGAGUACUUUCUGCGUCGUCAGAGAUGCUGAGCAGAAACAACUCGUUCAACUCGACAUCCAAAAGACCCAGCAUGCAGGAACUGUUCAGUCUGGACGCGCAGUCUGUCCCUCCCUCACCCAAUGCCACCCCAGCCCCAGACACAAACAGUCUCAAGGUUCCUCCAGAAGACCAUCUGGACCUGUCUGCAACCGACGACCGCCACGUGGUGUUCAAGAAGUUCAUUUCCAAGCGCAAACUGAUCCCCAAAGCCAAGUCGUUCCGCAGAGUUGUGACAGAUCUGGAAAAUGAGGUGUCUCCGCUGGACACUGAAAUUCAGCACGAGCUGAUAAUAACCUCUGCACUAAAGGACGAGUCGCGCAUAUUGUCGUCCAAAAUUGCCACUGCCACCCUUACACAGCCUUCGAGCCUCAACAUGGACAACCUCAAGAAGUUCGAGCUCAUCAACAAGGCGAACGAGGCGUGGAAUAAAAAACCUUUGCAUCGCACCCGCUCCAGAUCCAGCUCCGUGACCUCCACCGCGUCAGACACGGCUUCUCGCCUGAAAAGACGCCAGGACGACACCCCGCCGCCCAGCUCCAAGCGGCGUAUCCUGCCCAUGUCGCCGUUCCUGCCCCCCUCCAGACGCAACUCCAAACUCAUCCAUACAACCUCUGUCGAUUUGGAGUCCAUGAAACUAGACGAGGUGUGA